CAAACGGGAGGUACGAGGGUGAUCCCCGACCUGUAAGCAGCGUGCCACUGGGGUGGAACCUGGCGAAUUGACACGGCUUGGUGAGUGUUUGAUUCUCUCCCAAUGUGUGUUCAUGUGUACACUACGCAUUGUGGUGGUGGUGAUGGUUUCCAUUUCCGACAAGAAACACACACAAUAUUCGCUCCUGCCUUUGACAAGGCUUCUUACAGUUUGUUUUGUUCGUUUCUUUUCUUCCCUCCCUCUCCGCGGCAGCAAGGCGACACACAAAACAUGCAAACGCAUUGGUCUCUGGGAGAGAUGGGACCGUUCUCGGCAUCCGGUCUCCGUUUCGUGAUUCGUGUGCACGAUGCGUUGGGCCAGUCCAUCAUCUGGAUUCGGCCGCCCUUGGCGAUUCUUGGCGCACGUUGCGAGUGAGGGCAUACGGGCAAUACACGCCCACUCGCGGUUUUCUCUGUUUCUGAACAAUCUGAAGAGUCCUGAGGAGAAGGGGGGAGGAGCCAGUGAGACCACACUGCGCUCGAUGAGGCUCGAGCGGGUUCGGUUGGAGCACCCCGUUCCGGCCCCAUGGAUGUUUCUCGGAAGGGGGGCGGUAAGCCUCGAACAGUUCUGGUUUCCAGUAUUUGGGAUGGGCAGGCGUCAAUGUGGCGUAGGUUCACAUAACUCUCGCGAACAUGUAGUUGCCGUGUACUGGGCUGGGGCAAAAGAGGUUAUCCGUAUUCUUUUUCUUCUUCUUUUUCUUCUUCUUCUUUUUUUUCUUCCUCUUUCUCUUCUUUCUCUUUUUUUUUUUAUAUCUCAUUUUUUCUACUUUGCCUCCCCGGAAGUACCCAGGGAGCGAAGGUUGGGCGGAGUGAAGUUGCUCUACAUAUACAGAGUGGUUUACGUACGGUCUGGUCUGGUGGCAACGAAUUGUUGCCAAUGGCCCUCUGAGGCUCUGCCCAGGGGCCACAUGCGGGCGGGAGCAGAAGGAGAGUUUUCGUCAGAAGAGCAUACACACCGCUGCUGGUGCAUGCAACUACGUCGAAGCGGAGGCAGGGAUGGGUUGAUGGAGGAAUGGAUAUGGGAGGUCACGAGGGAGCAUGUCGAAAGAGAGUAAAUCCCAUCCCGCUCCCCGUCGAGUCAGUCUUCCCCUGCAGUGUAGUGUAGGUCCAUGCCUGUUAGUUUAAUAGUUUCCGGGUCGCGGAUCCACCCGGACUCUUUCGA